AUGGUGCACAGCGUUAACAUAGGUAAGACCCAGAUGCUUAACGAGGAAACUUUGGGCGACUUCGGAAGUCGAAGUGCCGCGAGUGUUGCCCGUGAGAAAGUACCGAUUUUGGAUGUUAGGAAGAAUUCAGGUAUCCAAUGUGUAAUAAAUGAGAAUGAAACCAGUAGUAACCAGAGCAGGUCUACACUACACAGCAUUUCGGGACAUAAGAGAGCUGGAAGAAGCAGAGUGUCUUCAUUACAUCAAGAUAAAAAUGACCAUGUGUCAACAAAACCUUUGAAGAUUUCAUCUGAAUCCACUGACAGCACCCUAGAAACACUGAAUCCAGAGACAAAAAAGCAUAGGAAAGGCCAGAAGUCUUGUAGGUGCUCACAGGACAACCUAGACACAAGUCUUCAUAACAGUGUAAAUAAUAUAAAUAAUGAAACAGAGACACAAUUGUCAUAUAAAAGUGAUAAGAGAUACUUGGCAAAUGAAGGUAAUAAAACCUCUCUGCCUCAUGAAGAGUCAAAUAGAUCAAUAGAUUUUUCACCAGUGGCUUCUGGUGUGAGCUCCUUCUACUCUCUUGAGAACUCAGAAGAAAGCCUUGCCCUUACUCCUACAGAAUCAUCUAAAAUUUCAGGAAAAAUGUCCAGUCUAAGUAUAAGAGUAGAGCAAACAGAUGGUAGAACACACUCCACAUUACAAGAAGAAAAUAGGUGCUCUGAAAAGUCAACGCAAAGUUUGCAAGGGACUAAUUCAUCAUCACAAAAGACUAAUAGAAGUACAAAUGUUUCAUCACAAGGAUCUAACAAAAGUCAAGAUUUGUCUAUACAAGGGAGGAAUAAGAGUCCAAUAAUAUCUUCACAAAUGAGCAAUAGCAGAUCACAUUCCUCGUGGGUAGGAAGUUAUAGAAACAGCGAUGGCUCAGUUCAUGAAAUAUAUAAAAGUACAGACCCUUCAUUGACAACUUCAAGUAGAGGAUCAUCUGCUUCCUCAAGAUAUUCAAGAAGCAUCAUCAGUUAUUCAGAUGAAGAGACAACAAAUUACAACCCAGCAGAGAUUUAAAUAUAUGUAGAAAUAGAUGCACCUCAGUUUAAAUCAUGUAACAUUGUAUGCAGUGACCAAAAAGUACCGUUGUGACCGAAAAUACUACACAUUUUUUACACACAAAUUGAACUACAGCAAAAUACUUUUGAAGUUGUCAAAACCAGGUUUU